AAAACUAGUGUUAGGAAAAAAGAUGAGAAGAUAGUUUUUGAGUAUAAAAGUGCAUAGGACAUAUUUUUAAAGUACUGUUUUUUUUAAUUGGACACAGUAAAAAUGUUCACAAAAUAUCAUUAACUAUGGACGGUAAUAACCAAGCAGAUUAUAAUAUGGUCUCACAAUUAGCUCUGCGCGUAGCCUUGCAAACAAUGAAGGAACGUUGUCUGUCUUUGCAACAAAGGCUCUCGGUCGUCGAGGAAGAAAAUGAUGCUCUACGUAGUCGUCAAGAUUCCGACCAGCACCAGAGCCCUAACUGUUCUCUUCAACAAAAUAAAUUCACAUCACACAAUUCUCUUGAGCUAGAUAACCUACGUUCUCAGGUAUCGGAGCUAAAUAGACAGAAAGUCCAACUAAGUGAUCACAUCAACAUGGUAGCAAACGAAAACAGAAAGCUGUGGUCACGCUUAUCCCAGAUAGCCAAAGAGCAGCAAGGCAAUGAUUCCAGUCAAACUAUGAAUGAAAACAAUGCAGAUGCACAUUCCACUGGCGAUGAGCUAGACAGUCCAAAAGCAAAUCAAAAUUUAAUUCGUUCGCGAACAUUCACAACCCACUCGCCGAAUCCUAACUUGAGAUUGAAUUUAGUGAACAACGACGAAAAAGCAGAAAAAGAAAACGAUGAGGAGGCCAGUUUGGAAGAAGUUUUGCUCGUUGAGGCAUCGGUUUCAGAUGAAGAUGAGGGCAGCAAUAGGGAGCUUAAAUCGGACGAAAUGAUUGGUGUUUGUGAGACAGAACUUGGAUUUACAUAUUUAAACGUUCAUACUGCCCCCGAUGACGAUUUUAACAUCGAAGCCAAAAAGUGCCUGGAAGGAUUGCACAAAAUAAGAUUAGAAGUGAUGCAACAACAAGCUAAUAUGACCUCGACACUAGAAACAUUGGAAAAUAGAUUUGUCUUGCAGAGUUGUGAAGUUUGUGCUAAAAAACCUGAAAUGAUUGAUAAGAGCUUGGAUACAGCUGAUAUCAUUCCUGAAAUGCCUGAAUACAUUCAUAUGCAAGAUGAAGUGGAGGAUGCAGUGGACGAUGAAGAAGAAAGUAAUGAUGAUGAUGGCGAUGACGAUGAAGAAGAAAAUGCACAGGCUCUGCCGUCAAGUCAUGUUGAUUUUAUUCAACGUAAAUUGGAAGCAGAUAAAGAAGUCAAAAUUUGUCCAAUGUGUGGUUUAUCAUUUGGUCCUACAAUAAAAUUUGAUCAGUUUUGCAGCCACGUUGAGAGUCACUUUUUACAGGAUUCUUCAUCCGAUUCUGAACAGAACUACGAAUUCAUCGCGCACACAGUUGGAGAUUUCUGACGAAGCAAGAAAAUUUACUUUUCUAGUGAGCUCUGAUCGAUGAAUACCCGUCGCGUUGUUCGUUGUCGUCAGUUUGUUGUGUUAUCUUCUUAUUUCUCUUUAUUUUAUUCAAUUAUUUUUAUUUAAAAAUGAAAACAAAAUAAACUAUCAACAAAUACAAUACAUACGAAAGAUGGA